AUGGCUUUCCUGAUGGCGAUGUUCAUUACUCUUCCAGCUUUGCAUGCGGCUGUGGAUGGAGAUGCUCGGUGCCCGUGCAAAAACAGCCAUACCGAAAAGGACAUUGAGAAACAUGGACUCAUAUACGAAAGCAAUCAGACUGGUGAGACAAGGAACUAUAGCACCUUCGGGAUCGGAUGUAAGAGCCACAAAAGAGAUGCGGAGUUUGCCCAAAGGAUUUACAAGCACCCAUCGGCUGAGCAGUUGCACUGCUCUGAAGAUGGCAAUGGUCCCAGUGGCACGAAUGACCCUUGGUGUAGCGCCAACUGGUGCUACAUUGAGAACGGCAGGAAUUGUAGUCUGGAUUGGCAACAUGGACAUUUGGGGCCAUUGUCUUAUGCCACCUGUGGCAACGUGCAUGAUGGCUGGCCAGACUAUCUCGUCAGGUCAAUGGCGCCCCGUCUCCAAGGAGACCCUCUUCGGGUGCUUCACCUGGAGAGUUCAUUGGACAAGGACUAUAUGGGAAAUAGUCAAUGCGACGACUCCAACGGUGUGCACUGCGAAGGUUUGUUCUUCAGGUUUUGGAACGCCUCCCUCUCAGUGUUGGAGAAGCUUGAUGUUGAGGUGAUACCGAAACUCAUCAAGAAACAUGAGAGCAUUGAUGACUAUUUCGACAACAUCAGACGUGCCUUUGAUCAGCGCGUGGAGUUUUACGAGAAUUUGACUGGCUUCAGGGAAAAGAAGUGGACCAACUACGACAUUUGCGCCUUUGCCACGGCGCUUGGCUGGGUAGAUUUGUGCUCCGGGCAGUUUGCGUUGAACCGCGAGCGGCAGGAGCUCACUUUUAUGGUCGAACUCCACACCACCCCAGCUUUCAUCAUCUCUCAAAGUUCUUGUGAACAUUUCACCGAAUUCUGGUGGUGGAUCAAGGUUUUCAGGGAAGAAACUUGGUGGUUCAUUCUCUGGACGUUCUUCAUUUUGAUCGGGUUGAUCACCGCGCUCAAUGGAAAAUUUGCCGCCUGUGCGACACCGGGCGACCUCACAGCAGAGGCUCGUGCUUCUCUGGCCCGAAAUCUUUGCCUUGUUUGCGAAGGCCUCUUUGAAGCGUUCGUUGAAGGGUCCACAGAAUGGACUGAUCAGAACACCCAAGAUAAAGAUCGGAAGCUCUGGCUCUCCUGUGCACGAAAAGUUGCUGUGAUGGGCCUGAAGGUCUUUAUUCUCGUGACUACUACCAUCUAUGCUGCAACCCUCACCACAGACCUGGUUGUAGAAAGAAAACGGCAGGGCAAGUUCCCAACCUUGGAAGCGGUGAAAGCGAGCACAGACAAUGUCACCAUAUGCCUCCACGAAGUCUAUCGAACAUCAAUGCUUCCGCAUGAACGUGCGAAUAUUCAUACCAGCUACUACUGGAACUGGGAAGAACUCAUGGGAGACUACACGAAUCGCGUGUGUGAUGCUGCGAUUAUUGACGAGGAAGCUUGGACAUCAUUUCGUGCUCGUCGUCAGCUUUGUGAAUCCUACAAGCCAGACAUGCCCACCUUCUACAUGUCUACAGGAGUGACUGUCUCCAGACGAGCUUACCGGACCUUGGAAGCUUUCCGCUACAACACAACUGCGGCAACCUUUGAACUUGACUCGCCCGACAACCAUGCCUUGCGCAACGAGUUCCUUGAUGCUUGCCCUCCGAACUCACCAGCUCAAUUGUGUGAAACCAAGGCAGUACCCUGGGAGGUUUUCCAGAGCGUUGCUCUGGUCAGCAUGGUCCCAGUUGUUGUGGGCAUUCUCGUUGUCGGUGUGGGCCUCCGGGUCCGGUCGCGCGGAAAAGAGGCUCGUGACCGUCCCAGGCGGUCGCGCGGAAAAGAGGCUCGUGCCCGUACCAGGCGGUCGCGCGGAAAAGAGGCUCGUGCCCGUCCCAGGCUUCAAAACGAGACCGGAGACGCAGUUUUCGCAGUUUAG